GCUGUGUUUACAGACAACGUCAGGGAAGGUGGAAUUAUAAGGCCAAGGAUAAUAAUAUCGUGUAGUUUGAAGUAAAAGGACGAAAAUGACGAUACACAAUCUAUACAUGUUUGACCGACAAGGUGUUUUGAUGUACUAUGGAGAAUGGAAUCGAAAACGCCAAUCAGGAAUGACCAUUGAAGAAGAAGCAAAACUUAUGUAUGGUAUGCUGUAUUCCAUCAAAAAUUUUGUCAGUAAAAUGUCUCCAACUGAUGUCCGAGAAGGUUUCCAGUGUUAUAGAACUUCCAAGUAUGUGUUGAACUAUUUUGAAACUCCUUCUGGAGUGAAAUUUGUGAUGAAUACUGACCUGAAUUCCCAGGGUGUAAGAGAGCUUUUACAAACAAUCAACAGUCAGAUUUAUAUUGAAUAUUGUGUGAAGAAUCCUGCCUAUAAAUCUGGAGAAACAAUCCAGUGUGAACUGUUUAAAACAAAAUUGGAUGAGCUUGUCAAGCAAUCUCCCAUAUUUAAAAGCUGAAAUUUUAUUGUUUGGUGAAAAUGUCAAUCUGCUGUGAAUAAAUUGCUGUAUA